UGGAGACAUUUUAAAAUAAACACACAGCUAACCGCUAAAGGCUAACGGGGCUCGCGAAGGUGCGAGCGCACUGCGCCAAAACACGUUCAAAUCCCUCCAAGUUGUGUAGAAGUGAAGCACAUUCAACAGUGCGUCGUUUAUGCAUCGUAAAUCAAAGACGCUACAAAUUACCGAAGAUGUUGAAAAGUCUGACACUGGAGAAAGAAGAAUAUAACUAACGCCGCGCAGGUGAGCUCCUGUCCAGGCACAUUGGUCCAUGUUUGUUGGACCUUUGGGCUCUGGGCUCAACUAGCAUGAAGAUGGCUGACUCAGAGAAGGCAGAGGAAUUUGCGUAUGCGGAGUUACCCCCAGAGUGCCUUGAUGAAGCACAAUCAGCCACAGGCUCUGUUCAGGGAGAGCAGGAUGAGCAUCUGAAAACAGAGACCACCACCAGUACCAGCUCACCACCGCGGGAGAAGGAGGCAGACAGUCCCUUGAAUACAGAGGGUGAGCAGAGCCUCCUCUCCAUGCCAUGCCUGAUGAAAGAGCUCCGCCGAGACUCCCCAGAGUCCCAGCAUGCCUCUACAGGGAGCGACAAGCCCGUAUCUCGACAUAUCUAUGAGAGUGACUCCUCAAACCCCUGCAUGCUCUCCCCCUCAUCCAGCGGCCACCUUGCUGACUCAGACACACUUUCCUCAGGAGAAGAUGGCACUGCUCCUCCCGCAGGAAAAGAGGAAGAUGGCAACAUGGAAGCUUCAAAUGAUCCUGGGCAGGCAACAGGAAGGCAGUCAUCUGCCACAGCUACAGGGGGGAGGAAGUCUCGGCGGUCACGUUCUGAGAGCGAGAUGCCGCCCAAUGCAAUGGCUGCAAAGAAAAACCGCUGCCAGCCCACCUUGGUCGCAGCAGGAGGGCAGGAAAAACAAACCAACGGCAAGCUGGCGAAAGUGAAAGGUCACAGGAGCCAGAAACACAAGGAGCGAAUGCGUUUGCUGAGGCAAAAACGGGAGGCAGCAGCACGGAAGAAAUAUAACCUGCUGCAGGACAGCAGUACGAGUGACAGCGAGCUCACGUGUGACUCCAGCACCAGCUCCUCUGAGGACGAGGACGAUGACACUUCAGGAGGUAGCAAGACAAUCAAGACAGAUAUUUCAGCUGGCUUCAGACGUGCAUCGGAGAGAUCCAGAGUGGGCGCCCAGAUUCAUGGGCUGCUGGACACCAGUUCGUGGGACAGGAACGGCAUCGGGAGCGUUCUGGAGGAGGCCAUGACGCGAUUUGCCGUGAUGCAGCGCCAGACCGAGGAGCGCUUCCGCAUCUGGAUGGAAAAGCUCGCACACCUCGACUCGGACAACGACUCGUCUAAACGCUCAAGUGAUGCCGUAGAGGGGCAGCAGCAUCCCUCCCAGGGGGGACGCCCAUCCCCACCCAGCUCCUUUUUGCCAUCGUCUGAGUCUGCAGAGACCAUGGCCGCCUACAUGUUGGCACGAGAGAACAACAGUCUCACCUCCACCCCUAUGAACAACAACAACAACAUCCUACCUGAAGCAGUCACUCAGAAUGGAAAUCUAGGUGUUCCAGACCCUGGUCUCUUGAAUGUUUAGAUUUCACUUCUAUUCGCUGUGAUCUCACCAAGUGUAGAACUAGUUGAUACAGAAAGCAUGGCAAUGGGUAUUAAUAGAUAAAUGAUACGAGGUCACUAAACGGAUACACCAUCAACAGCAGCUGGGCCUGAGCCGGCGAACUUGACUGUGUGCAGAGCUGAGGCUCAGUGCGUCUGCUGGCACUGAAUCACUGUGAAAUUUGACAUUCAGAAUAAUUCAACUCACCUGUUUGAUUUCUGCAGCGUCUGUCGACACAGACUCGGGGCAUAUCUCAAUAGACUGUUGAGUCAGGGCUCUUAUUGUAUUGCUUAUCGUAUGGCUUGUUUGUUUUUGAGUACUAGCUGUACACUCACAUACAUACAGACACAGAAGCUGGUUAUAUCAUUCAUACAGACUGUGCUUUACAGCACCUGGGCAGCCAUCAUGACAGAGCUAGGUUGGGUGCUGCUGCUUAAUAGCAUGUGCCUUGUCAUUCCUGACUUCAUGCUGGGAAUGAUAGCUAGAGCAUCAUAUUUCUUUAGGUCCAGCACUCUACAUUACCCUUCUUUCUCCCGAACUAUGUUUGCACUUUGCUUGUAAAUGGUUCAGGACUUUUAAAAAUCUUGUGACAACCUUUAUUUUGGUGGUAUAGCUUUACUAACAUCAAAAACAUUUACAUAACAAUAUAGAUUUGCCUAUAAAUAUAAACACACAAUAUACUAACCCACAUGAGACCUUGCUUUUUAAAAUCCUCAAUUAGAUUAGAUGUGUUUACAUUUUGUAAUGUUUGCCUUUCUGUUACAUUUGCUGCUACUGCUGCCUUUGUGCAGUAACAAGAAACUAGUGAGGGGGGGGUGGCUCCCAAUGUUUAUUUUUAGUAGCCUAUGUAUAGAUUAUAGACAUCAGAUAAGGCAUGGGUUCCUAUGUUGCAGCUAUUCGCUUCAAUGUCAAGAGCCUGAAAUCUUCACUAAUAUUUGCCUAGUUUAUUUUUAUUCACACUGGUCCUCCAGCUUGGCCUGUGUCUCCACAAGGCGCCGCGCACUCCGCAGCUUGACUUUGAACUGAAAACCGAGGCAUCAAACUAACAAAUACACAGCAGUAAUACAGCUGCAGUAUGGUGCAUGGCAAUGUUUACUGAUUUCUUAAAAAAAACUGACUGAUCUUAGUGAUCAAGUGGCCUUCUCUGGUUCAGAUCCUGUGGUCUUUGAGGUGGAAACUCUCCGCCUCAACCCUAUCCUCCAUACUACUUUCAAGACCAUGGUGUCACAGUUUUUAACACUGCUAACCAUCACAGACACUGAUGAAGGAAUCUUUGGCCUAAUCAUAUUUAUAGUUAGGAUGUUAAAAAAAAAGUGUUUUCUGUAUGUGUAUAUGUAGCCCUAUGACUGUCCCGUUUUACAAAGCUGGAGGCAUUGUUUCCCCACCUGUUUGCAUGUGGUAAUAUUAGUAUAUAGAAUGUGCAAGGCCAAAUUAGUUUUCAUCAGCAGCAUGUGUGCAAGGUAUAGCUUUGCUUAUGCUGAUAAAUGGUGACUGAUUGAACAUUUUAUCUAUUUAGUUGUUUUCUUUUGGCCUUAAGUUUUUGUUUUCAAUUCUGUGAAUAUUGGUGUUGCGUAAUUACCUACAUUUGGAUCCCAAAACUGCUGUCCUGCAUUUGUUAAUGCUGAAAUUACCUUUAAAAUCAACUGUUUUGUCAACAUGGUAAAGGGAGCCUUGUGCAUACUCUCACAAACUGUGUGCAUUAAAAACAACACUAAGGACAGUCCAUUGUUUACCAAAGAGACUAUCCUGGUUUACAUCAGUCCUUUUUCUAACUUAAAUACAUGGCCUUUACAUUGGCAAGUCCUCUGGGUUUGUCUGGUACCUGCCUGUUUCAGUCCAAUCAGCUAUUCAUAGGCAGUGUUCUCUCAAAGUACACACUGUCCAGACGAACCCCCCCUCACACACACCCACAGUCAAGUCUGGAUGAUAGCUGUGUAUGUGUGUCUCCCAGGGACUCCUUUUACAGGGUAGAACAAACAUGUUCCCGCUCCUCCACAGAGUUCUUCUAUUGUUUGGCUUUUAUUAUCCUCCCACUACAUUUCAUUCACCAAGUAAGAUAAUUUUGAAGUGUUUUGUAAUGACUGUACUCUAGUGUAGUUUUUAUGUGAAUGGCUGUUAUUUUAAAAGCAAUAAAUGGAGAGAGAGAAAAAAAAAA